AGGAAGGAAGAUAGAUGAUGGAAAGCAAAAACGCUAGCUCCUACUAUCAUAUUUAUUUGCAGUGAUGCCUUUGGACCCUACAAAGUAUCCACUGGAAUAGUAGAGAGCACCCUAGGGGCCUUCACUUCAGCUAUGCCCAUCCCAGCAGCCAUUUUAUGAGCAGGCAAAUCUCCCACAGCAGCCCCUUUGGGAAGGCACCCACCAUAUUACUCUGAAGAUUCCAAUUUCCUUCAGCCAAAAUGUUUGUCUGGUCUAUCCUCCAAUAUAGUUUAUUUAGUUUUAGAAACGAGUAUGUGUUAUUGUUAUUGUUGCUCUUAGCAUCUCAUGUUUUUCUCCUUCAUGCCCCCCAAGCAUUUUAUACUGCCCGUUAUGGUUACAAGCUCUGCCUGAAGCUUUUCCUGAACGGAGAUGGAACUGGAGCUGGAACUCACCUUUCGCUCUUCCUGGUUCUGAUGAAAGGGGAAUACGAUUUCCAACUGAAAUGGCCUUUCCGACAUAAGGUGACCUUCACUUUGUUGGAUCAAGUCAACAAUCGUCACAUUUCCACCUCUUUCCGUUCCUUGGAAUCCUCGUCUUCAUUCCAGCGUCCCAUCAAUGAAACCAACGUGGCCAGUGGCCUCCCCGAGUUCUACCCUUUGAACUCACUCCAUGACCCCAGGACUGGCUACAUCUGUAAUGAUAUGUUAGCCAUUCAAGCUGUGAUUGACACAAAGGCUUAGACUAAUGGGCAGACUUCAUCUCAGAUGUGGAGAUCAAACUACCAACAAUAGUUGCUCUGACAUGAUGGAAAGCUCCAGAAUAGCUGCCAAAAGAAAGACUACGUUGCUCCAUUUUCUCCAACCUCUACUCAAUAUGGCUACAAUUCAGGAAACUCUGUGGGACUUACUCAGCCCCUUUCCCAUCACCUCCACAGUAGCCCAGAGGUUGAAGGACCCCCUAAAGUCCAUGCUUCUAAUAUAAGUUUGAAUCCAUUAAUUUAUUCAAAGAUCUGCAUACCACAAUGGGGUUGGUAUGCAGAAUCUAAAACAUUCUGUCAAGAGUGAAAAGGAGAUAUAAACCUAGGUUUUGUGCUGAAGUCCUGUUUCUAGUGUUUUAAGAGGUAAAACCAUUCUCUCCUCACAUCCUUGCCAGAAGAGGUUCACCCACUGGUAUUUUGUUGACCAUUAAAUAUAUUU